AUGAAUCCUGAAUAUGAUUACUUGUUUAAGCUUUUGCUAAUUGGCGAUUCUGGUGUAGGAAAGUCUUGUCUUUUAUUACGUUUUGCAGAUGACACCUAUACCGAAAGCUACAUUUCUACUAUCGGUGUUGACUUUAAAAUUAGAACUAUUGAACUUGAAGGAAAGACGGUGAAGCUGCAAAUUUGGGAUACUGCAGGACAAGAACGUUUCCGUACAAUCACAUCUUCGUACUAUCGAGGUGCACACGGCAUUAUUGUUGUUUACGACGUAACUGAUGCAGAUAGUUUUAAUAACGUGAAGCAAUGGUUACAAGAAAUUGACCGUUACGCUGCUGAAGGUGUCAAUAAACUGCUAGUUGGUAACAAGAGCGAUUUAGUCGAUAAAAAGGCAGUAGAAACGGAACAAGCAAAGGAAUUUGCUGAUAGUCUUCAUAUUCCACUUUUGGAAACCUCAGCCAAGGAUGCCACCAAUGUCGAACAGGCCUUUUUAACAAUGGCUAAGCAAAUUAAGGAUAGAAUGGGAUCAACCAUGCAGCAACAACAACAGGCCAAGUCAACAGUUCGUGUUGGUCAAGGCGCAGCUGUUCAACCCCAGUCAUCUGGUGGUUGUUGUUAA